GGGGAGGUACAGCAGAAAUCGUCUGACACUGAAACAUUAAAAAAAGAUCUCUGAGGCCUUGCAAAGGAGUCUUGUUUCAUGCAGGGAGAAUUACUUUGAGCUUGUGUUCAUCCUAUUAAACCAGGAACUGCCCAAGAAGUAGAGGAAUAGAUCUUAGUCAUCUGGAUUUAAGAAGAACCAUGUCUCUUCCCCGACAGCUGCGAGAAAAGAGUGAUUUUGACCAACUUCCAGAUGAUGUACCUGUUUCAGCUAACAUUGCAGAUAUUGAAGAGAAGAAAGGCUUUACUAAUUACUAUAUGUUUGUCAUUGAAGUAAAGCUUAAAGGUGGUGGCAGAUACCUGAUUUUCCGGCGCUAUCGCGAGUUCUAUGCCCUUCACACCAAACUAGAGGAGAGAUACGGCUCAGAGAGCAGUAACAGCCCAUUCACCUGCACACUCCCUGUACUGCCAGGAAAAGUUUUUGUUGGUGCCAAAAGGGAAAUUGCUGAGAGCAGGAUUCCUAUCCUAAAUGUCUACAUAAAGAACCUACUCUGCCUCCCUGCUUGGGUGUUGAUGGAUGAGGAUGUAAGGCUGUUCUUCUACCACUCAACCUUUGAUGGUGAGCAGGUGCCUCACAGACUGAGACGGCUUCGCCCACGGACACGCCGAGUUAAGAGCAUUUCAGAUCAGGUGCCUAUUUUUGACCGCACGGCAGCUCCGCGGGCUGAGGCACUGUUUGAUUUUCCUGGAACCAAUAAACUGGAACUCAGCUUCAAGAAGGGAGAUUUGAUCUAUCUCCUCAGCAAAGUAAACAAAGACUGGCUGGAGGGAACUGCUGAUGGUGCCACUGGGAUUUUCCCAUGUGCUUUUGUGAAGAUCAUAAAAGAUUUACCACAGCAGGAAGACACAGUUAAUAAAGUUCGCUGUUAUUACUAUGAUGGGACUGUGAGCACUAUCAGAGAUAUCUCAGUGGAAGAAGAUCUGAGCAGCAUUCCAUCAUUCAAAGAUCUAAUGGAAUUGAUGAGGCAGGAGUUUAACCAGGAUGACAUUGUUUUGAAUUACCGGGACCCCGAUGGCGAUCUGAUCCGCUUGCUCUCGGAUCAGGAUGUUGAACUCAUGGUGUCUCAGAGCAGAAGAAGUCCCUCUGAGAAGCACUUUUUUCCUUGGAAGUUGCACAUCACUCACAAAGAUGACUUGGGUGUCUACAACACCAGCCCAGGAACAGGAGCUACUCAAACAGUAGGAGCAGGGCUCCCAUAAAUUUAUCUUCAUUUGCUGACCUGAAGGUUUGUGUGCCAGUAUGUAAUUAUUUCUCUCAUGUUGGAGUCUGACUGGGUGUUCAGAAUUUGUCCUAGGAGCAUCAAGAAAACUUUUUUUGAUUUCAGUGAAGAAAUUGCAGCCCAUCUUAACUUUCUUCUUUUCCACUGACCAGUGAAAAAUAUUGAAUUCUCUGAAUCAAACCUAGUACAUCUGUGGUGUUCCUUGUAGACCUUUAUAUAAUUGUACAGUCUACUUAUUUUCAUGUUCUGGGAAAAUGUGUAGGAUAUCUACUCAAACAGCAAUUUCUUCUCUAUCUUCUGCUUUCUGACUCUGCAUUUCAAAGUAGAGCCAUCAAGAAAUUAUUGUAUCAGAUUCUUCAACAAAUAAAGUUGA